CUCUCUCUCUCUCUCACUCUCCCUCCUCCAACACCAAGGAGCUCCGAGAAAGACUUUAAGAGCUGAUCUGUAUACAAACAUUGGGUUUCCCCCCUCCCUAUCAAUAUUCAGCUAAUUGCAGGAGGAAUUACUGCUUAACACCCAAAGAAAACGCGACUACAAAUUUCGGCUCAUCCCCGAGAAAACCAUUGAGUGAAUUUUCACACAGACUCUCUUGAUCAACAACAGAAACCACGAUGGAGCUCCAGAAAAUGAAUGGCCACGGCAGGGAAGACGGGUUUGAUGGGCUGGACACUUUGGCAGAACAAGAGGAGUUUCUCCCACAAAAAAGUGGUGCAAAGAAGGAAAUUCAGUUUACAGACUUUGAGGGAAAGACCUCUUUUGGCAUGUCCGUCUUCAACCUCAGUAACGCCAUCAUGGGCAGUGGAAUUCUGGGAUUGGCAUUUGCAAUGUCCAACACUGGAAUCAUUCUUUUUAUAAUCCUCCUUGUGUUCAUUGCGGUUCUGUCUGCAUAUUCAAUCCACCUCCUGUUGAAAAGUGCUGGAGUUGUUGGGAUCAGGGCUUACGAGCAGCUUGGAAAUCGGGCUUUUGGCCCCCCAGGGAAAAUGCUGGCUGCCACCGUGAUCACAAUACACAACAUCGGAGCGAUGUCCAGCUAUCUCUUCAUCAUAAAAUCCGAGCUCCCUCUGGUCAUUCAGUCUUUCCUCAAAAAUGAAGCGAGCAACGAAGAGUGGUUCUUGAAUGGAAACAUCUUGAUCAUCAUAGUUAGCAUUUUCAUCAUCCUUCCUCUAGCCAUCAUGAAACAACUUGGUUACCUGGGUUACACAAGUGGCUUCUCCCUGUCCUGCAUGGUGUUCUUUCUCAUAUCGGUGAUUUACAAGAAGUUCAACACCCAGUGUCCACUGGAGGACCUAUAUCACAACAUCAGCGACGUCGACCACGGCCACGGCCACAGCGCGGUUAAUGUGACGGAAGAUAUGUGUGAAGCUAAAAUGUUUACAGUCAACUCACAGACUGCAUAUACCAUCCCAAUCCUGGCCUUUGCGUUUGUCUGCCACCCGGAGGUUCUGCCCAUUUACACCGAGCUACGAGAUGCCACCAAGAAACGAAUGCAGGGCGUCGCUAACAUCUCCAUCUUGGCCAUGUUCGUCAUGUACCUGCUGACGGCCAUCUUUGGUUACCUCACUUUUUACGGUGGCGUGGAGUCGGAGCUGCUGCACACGUACAGCCGCGUGGGCUCGAACGACGUCCUCAUUCUGUGCGUGCGUCUGGCCGUGCUGGUGGCCGUCACGUUGACUGUUCCCGUGGUGCUGUUUCCGAUCCGCAGGGCGAUGCUUCAGAUCCUGUUUCCCGACAAACCCUUCCAUUGGGCCAGACACAUCGCCAUCGCAUUUUGUCUCAUUUUCGUGGUCAACCUCCUGGUCAUCUUUGUGCCCAGCAUCCGGGACAUCUUUGGCAUCAUCGGAGCCACGUCUGCCCCCAGCCUCAUCUUCAUCCUCCCAUCUAUCUUUUACAUCCGGAUCGUUCCCGAGGAGCACGAGCCGCUUUUGUCCAGACCCAAGAUCCAGGCUGCAUGUUUCGCCACGCUGGGCUUCAUCUUCAUGGUGAUGAGUCUGUCCUUCAUCAUCACCGACUGGGUGAGCGGGGAGUCGAGAAGCGGAGGUGGGCACUAACCGCACGGACUGGACCCGGUCCAGAAAAGCAUGGCAACCAAAGCCCCCUGUCAUUAAAUUCUCCUGAAUCUGCUGAGUUCUUGUCCAAAACCAAACCCGAAGGUUUGGCUGCACACGGCGAAAGAUAAUGUGGACAAAUAAAAAAAAGUAAAAGAGAGUCCCAAAGUAACGGGGGACAGAAAAGUCCUGCUGGUGAAGAGGAGAACAACGAUGAGAAAACCAAAAUGAGGCCAAGUGUUCUGAGUCGACCCCCCCUCGGCCCCCCCCGUCUGUGGCUGUAAAGGAGUAAACAGUGGUAAGGAUGAAUGUGAAUCACACGACUCGUCGGGAAAUACCCAUUUUAGAGUAAAGAUGUGUAGAGUUUCCAGAGGUGGCGCCGUCUCUGCCCCAUCUCCUCCCUCUCUACUUCCCUUAAAAUUUCAGAUUAUUCAUGGCAGGAGUAAAAAUGUGACAAUCAGAAGUUCGAUGUUUGUUGUUUUUUUUUUUAUCCAUUACUAUUUUAUUGCACAUCAGAGACAUUAAGACAUCUGGAAUUUUCCCUGAACCUCGUUAUAUUUUAGCAGCAAGGGUUAGUCUUCCGCUCCACACUAACCAUUCCUCUCUGUAAAAAUAUAUUUAAAAAAAAAAAAAUCUAACUCACAAAAUUUGCUCAUACAACUGAUAUAAUGUGUUUUAACAUGAUACUUUGUUAAUAUAUUCUGACACUUAUAAAAUAUAAGUAUUGUAAAGGUUAUCGUCAUCAGAGCUGGAUCUGAAGUGACCUUUACGGUGCAUCCAACCUGAGGUGCUGUCAGCGGGGGUUUUGCUGCUAUUUAUGAAGGUCAGAAAAAAAGAAAAAGAAAAAGUUAAGUUACUGACAUUUACAGAAAGACACAAAGACAAAAAAAUGUGGGUUGGACGACCGUCAACUAUCAAUGUGACCCUAAAGACAUCAAUGCUGCAAACCAAAAAAUAUUUAUUGUUGUAUUAAAGUAGUAUGACUUUUUUGUUAUCAUGUUUUGCAAAGUCCAAGUACUGAUAAAAAAAAAAAAAUGGGAGGGUUCAAUAUUAACCCCUCUGCAGAUCAGUUCAGCAUUAAAGUUUGCUUUCCUUCCUGUAUAUUUUUAAAUUAAAUUGAAUGUUGUCAAUAAAAUGUUGUACUUGAA